AUGCGUUCACAAAGCUAUAGUCCUUCUAGAGAAUACGGUAGAUACCACAGAGCAUACCCCACACCAGGAGACGACGACGACGACGAUGACGAUGAUGACGACGACGACUAUGAUGACGAUACUGAGAACCCCUUUAAUAAGGAACCGCCCUCGCUAAAAAAUUUGAAUAAUGGCGGGAAUCCUCGUCGGUAUUCACAAAAACAACUACUACUUACGCGCAAGUCGAAAUCUUCUUUGCCGCCAUUACCAACCCUGUCUCAAGAAGUGACCUUGUCGUCACUGCAACUGCAAAAUUAUCAGUACUAUCCAUAUAAUCAAAAAUCAAAAAGUGUUGUUAGUUACAAUAAUAAUGAUAAUGACAAUGAUAAUACAAGCCCAGAUCAACGAUCAUCGUUUUUACGAAAGAAAAACUCUGUAAGGUUCAAUGAAUACGAAAUGACCAACUUUGCUGAUCGCGAUUUACCUGCAUUACCUACAGCGGAAAAGGACAAAACACCACCUAGAGAUCCAUUUGUUGAUGUAUAUGAUGAUUUAUCUCCAGUGGAUCCAUUUGCAAGUAACUUGGAUAACGAAAAUACAACUCACAAUCACAUCGAUGACUCCGAUUCUGAUAUUGAAAAACGAUUAAAGAGGAAUGAAAAAAAUAGAUUACGAGCACUUCGGAGUAAACCUAGAUUUCAUUAUACUAAAUUGCCAUAUUUCACGAUAGUCGUCACCUUAAUUCAGGUGAUUGUUUUUAUAAUUGAAUUAGCCAAAAUGUCUAUAUUAACAGGAUCAGCUUUUCAAACACGUCCAUAUUUUAAUCCGAUGUUGGGACCGUCGGCAUAUCUCUUGAUCUACAUGGGUGCCCGUUAUGUCCCUUGCAUGCACCAAAUUAAAGGAAUUACAGACGAUUUGUCCAUUACUUUUCCUUGCGCAAAUUCAACAACUAUCGAUAGCUAUACAUGCUCGCUAGGUGACUUGUGUGGGCUAUCUGGAUUGCCCACACUUGACAAUGGUACAAAGUAUGCUCCAAACCAAUGGUACAGAAUAUUUAUACCGAUCUUCUUACAUGCGGGGUUUUUGCAUAUAAUUUUUAACCUUUUGCUUCAAUUGACCAUGGGAGCUUCAAUCGAGAGAAAUAUAGGGAUAUUAAAAUAUGCAAUCAUCUAUAUUUCUAGUGGUAUUGCUGGUUUUUUACUAGGUGCCAAUUUUACACCCCAGGGAAUAGCCUCUACUGGUGCUUCAGGAGCAUUAUUUGGAGUUGUCGCAACAAAUAUUAUACUCUUUAUCUAUGCCGGGAAGAAAAACACAAACAUGUAUGGAACUAACCACUAUAAAUUGUUUAUUUUCUUUAUGGCUUGUGAGAUUAUUGUGUCAUUUGUAUUGGGGUUGCUACCGGGGUUGGAUAAUUUUAGCCAUUUGGGUGGUUUUGCAAUGGGUAUAUUAACUGCAAUCUUGCUAUUGAAAGAUCCGUUCUGGAUAUACAAGGACGGGAUAAUUAUUUAUAGCAGGGAUCCAACAACAUGGGAGCAAUUUUUAAAUAAUUGGGAUCCGUUAUAUGCUUAUCAAGAUAAAUUACCGUUACGGUUUCUUUUAUGGAUUGGGGUACGAAUAGUGUCCCUAGUGUUGAUUAUAAUUUAUUUUGUUCUUUUGUCAAAGAACUUUUUCAACAACAAUGGUGAAGAUCUGUCUGAUAAUUGCAAAUGGUGCCGGUAUUUCAACUGUAUCCCCGUGGAAGGAUGGUGUGAUAUUGGUGAAGUUACAGUGUCAACGCAAGAGCCAAGCGCGACGGCAACAUCUCCCAGUGAGACAACUGUUUCCACUGAAGUAUAUGCUACUUCAGUUUAUACAACUACAGUCCCAACUUCCUCCCCCGAUAGAACACAAGGAACCAAUGGCGGUUUGAAACGACAAGUUGAGGUAUUUGAAGCACCACAAAAGAGAUCAUCUCAUUUGAUAGGAGUUAAUCAUGAAAGCGGAGUUGGGUUGGGGUUAUAUGUAGUAUUAACUCUUUUUAUGAUUUCAUUUUUGAAAAAGAAGAAAAUUUUAUGA